UCUCCCCCACGAGAUGCUAAAGAACCUUGAUCCUGAGUUGCGGGCGCUACAGAAGUAGGUAAGGGGAGGGGCUACUGGUGCUACUGGGAGGUAAAGGUGGAGAGAACGGACCGAAUAAGACUGAGCAUGCGCCAGCCGGCUUCUUCGCACUGAGCUCUGUGGUGGACCUUGGAAAAAAAAAAAGCAGGUUCAGUGUGGUGGCGCUUUGUACGGAUCAGGGAGUUAAGAAAUUUUCCACCCUUAUGGCGUGUAGUUUGAAAGAUGAAUUGCUGUGCUCUAUUUGUCUGAGUAUUUAUCAGGACCCAGUAAGCUUUGGCUGUGAACAUUACUUCUGCCGGAAAUGCAUCACGGAGCACUGGAGCAGACAAGAGCACCAGGGCACCCGGGAUUGCCCCGAGUGUCGGAGAGCAUUCACGGAGCCCUUGCUGUCCCCUAGCCUUAAACUGGCCAACAUUGUUGAGAGGUAUUCUGCAUUCCCACUAGAUGCCAUCCUCAACGCUCAGAGAAAUUCCUUUCCUUGCAAGGACCAUGAGAAGGUGAAACUGUUUUGUUUGACGGAUAAGACCCUGGUGUGUUUCUUCUGCGAUGAACCUGCUUUGCACGAACAGCAUCAAGUGACCACUAUAGACGAGUCUUUCGAGGAGAUUCAGAGAGAACUCAAAGAACAGCUCAAUGCUCUACAGGAAAGUGAACGAGAACACACUGAGGCCUUACAGCUACUGAAGCGCCAGCUUUCAGAAACCAAGUCAUCAGCAAAAAGUCUGCGUGCAACAAUUGCUGAGGCAUUUGAUCGCCUGCACAAAUUUUUGCGAGAACGUCAGAAGUCCAUGCUGGAAGAACUUGAGAUGGACACAGCACGAACUCUGACAGACAUCGAGCAGAAGAUCCAGCGGUACAGCCAUCAGCUGCACAGGGUGCAGGAAGGAAUGCAGAUUCUGAAGGAGAAGCUUUCAGAGACUGACAAACACACCUUUCUAGCAGGGAUUUCAGGCCUUUCUGAGAAAUUGAAAGGAAAGAUCCAUGAAACAAGUCUCACCUAUGAGGAUUUUCCUACCUCAAAGUAUAUGGGUCCCUUGCAGUAUACUAUCUGGAAAUCUCUUUAUCAGGACAUCCAUCCAGUUCCAGCUGCACUGACAUUGGAUCCCAUCACAGCUCACCAGCGUCUCAUUCUCUCUGACGACUGUACUAUCGUGGCUUAUGGCAACCUGCAUCCUCAGCCAUUCCAGGAUUCCCCAAAACGCUUUGAUGUAGAGGUGUCUGUACUGGGUUCUGUUAGCUUCGAUAGUGGAGUUCAUUACUGGGAAGUUAUUGUAGCAGACAAGACACAGUGGAUGAUUGGUGUGGCCCAUGAUACAGUGACACGGAAGGGCAGUAUCCAGAUCCAGCCCACUCGUGGAUUCUAUUGUAUUGUCAUGCAUGAUGGCAACCAGUAUAGUGCCUGUACUGAACCGUGGACAAGACUGAACGUGAAAUCCAAGUUGGAGAAAGUGGGGGUCUUCUUAAACUAUGAAAAAGGCCUCCUGAUAUUUUACAAUGCUGAUGACAUGUCCUGGCUGUAUACAUUUCGAGAAAAGUUCCCUGGCAAAUUGUGUCCCUACUUCAGUCCUGGACAGAGUCAUGCCAAUGGCAAGAAUGUCCAGCCUUUACGAAUUAACACAGUCCGAAUGUAGAGAAGUUGUUUCGUGCUAUUGACUCAAGCCUUGAUGCUUAAAUGUGACUCUAGUAGUGAGUACAUGGGUCCUGCUUUUCUGGGAGGGGUUGAUCUAUUAAAUGUCAAAUAUCUUGAAAGUUAAGUGUUUCAUUCCAACAUCAGCAUUGUGUUGUGGCAGAUGUUUAAAGAUGGAAUGCUGUAAUUUGAUUGGAAUUAAACAUGUUUUUGCCUCAGUUGGUUUAAAUGUUGGCAUUUUGGUAACAUGCUGUAGUUUGCAAGUCACUGCUGAGCAAAAAUCUUACACAGUUUGGAUGUAACUGUGUUGACUUGUUUGCCCAUUAUUUUUCAGUGCAGUAUGCAGUGUAGGAUCGCCCUGUGUAAUAACACCCAUUUUCAGUCAGCAACAUUAGUGUUAAGUCACUUGUACUGACUGCUUUUCUGAAACUGGGUUGCACAGCAGUAGAGAUGCGCAUAGAAUGACAGCAUCCUUUUUUGGGAUCAAGGGCUUCAAAUGUGCAGCUCAGGGAACAUGAACUGAAUUAAGCAUUGUGGUACCUUUAACCUACAUCUUGGUAAAUUUAAUGAUUAGAAUUCCAGACUUUCAAAUGAAAUUAUAGUAUUUUGUGAAUUAAAUUGGCAGUCAGAACUACUCAAAUCUUAGAAAAGUUUGUAAGCAUAUAUGAAUGUGAAUCCUUGCUUCUUAAGGUAGCCUUGCCAGCAUAUUAAAUAGUUAUACAUUUCUGCACCUGAGGAUAAGUUUUAAACUUGUACAUGAAAGUGUAACUUAUUCAAAACAAUUGAUUUAGAUUAAGGAUAUUAAUUUAAUAAUCUGCAGCAGUGUGAGAGUCCAUUUAUUAACAUUUAUCGGAUAAGCUAUUACUUUUAAGUUCUUUACCUUUCCUGUCUUUUCUUAUGAUGAAAUUGCAGCUGAAGCUGGAAAUUAAUUUUAUUGUCUUAUUGAGAUGUUAUUCAGGGAAGCACUUAAAAGAACAGACAAAAGCACAGCUGGACCUGCUGAAUACUUUUGGCAAGCAGAACCAUAAAAUGGCUCUGACCAGUGUCAGUGGAAAUUUAUGGUGGUAGAACUUGUCAUAUUUUCCUGAGAAUAAAGAUUUGCAUGAAUUUUCUCCUUUCCAUUUGGACUGUUGCACAUUAUAUUGAAAUAUUUUUUUUGGGGGGGGGGGGGCUAAACUCGAUGGAAUACUCAGGCAAGAUACCACCAAAUUAUUGCCUUCAUGAAGAGGUGUUAGCUUGGAAAGCAAACUCUUCGCCAUUUAGUGAACAUUGUUAAUUUUGUUGUAAAGUGUUUGACAAGCUAUCCAUCUUGUAUUGCCAAAGUAUUUCCAUACCAUGAGUUUUGAAGUGUGCACUGUAUGACUGACUCUGAAACUAAGGGUUAACAGUGUCUUACAGAGGUGUGCAGGAGGUAGUUUUAUUUUACUUCUGUUGCUUGAAAUGUAAAUAAAAUGCAUCAAUAUGAGAGCUGGUUGAUGAGGUCAUUGCAAAUCAUUUGAUGUGUUCAAUGUUUCCUGUCCAGCAUUCAUUCACUUUCUGUUAAAGUAUCAAAGGAACCAAGGUGACUGGUCGCCUUGGUUCUUUGGUUCUACUAAUUGUUGGUGACUUUUGUGUUUUUUCUAUUAAAGUAUGCAUUUCAGUGCCAUUGCA